GGUAAAUACCAUUUUCAUUUCGUUAUCCGCUUGAAUUUGAUUUAUAUUUGUGAUUAGGAGUGCCUAAUUUUUGAAUCGCAGUCCGACUGAAAGGAAGGUAGCGAGUGUUUGUGUUCGCGUCUAUAGUGCUGUGCGUGAUAAGAUAUGGCUUCGUCCCGCAAAAAGCAGGAUGAAAAGAACCUAAAGACGCUCAGAGAGCUUGGCAUGAUCCCGGAGAACAAAUACUGCUUCGACUGUGGACAGCGGGGCCCCACAUACGUGAACGUCACUAUCGGCUCAUUUGUGUGCACCAAAUGUUCUGGAAUGCUAUUGGAGAAAAAACGCCAAGCAGAAAGACCACGCGACCAGCGAAUUAAAAAUGAUCCAAUCAAGAAUGCUGAGUUAAAAGAAAAAGAAAAAGAGAAGUAUCACAGAAAGGAGGAGAAAGUACAAGUUAGAAGUAUAAAAGAUCUGACAGAUAGGGAACAGCGAGCUAUGAGAAAGAUAUGGAGAGAGCAAACUGAAAGAUAUAGGGAUCGUGUGAGGCAAACAACUAUUGUUAAUUAUCCAGAGUCACCGCCGCCUUCGGACCAUGAAGAUCCACACUUCGAUCCUCAAAUAUUGGACAAUAGAGCUUCAGGUGCCUCAGAAAAACAGAGGAAACGGAUAAAUGAGCUUAUCAAAAAACAAAAAAACGAAAUUGAUCGGUGA